AUGGGGUCUGCUUAUGAUAUUCUCGAAAGUCUCAAAGAGAUGUUCGGUGAGCAAAAUCGUGCAGCUAAGCAGACAACCAUGAAAGCCCUUUUGAACACCAAGAUGGCUGAAGGAUCAUCGGUCAGGGACCAUGUUCUAAAGAUGAUGAGUCUUCUGAAUGAGCUGGAGGUCCUUGAAGCUGUGAUUGAUAAGGAGUUUCAAGUUGAGAUGGUACUGCAGACCUUUCCUGACAUUGUGGCACUUAAUAUUGAGAAAGCUUCGGUUUCUAAGUCGAAAGGCAAUAAGAAAAAGAAGAAGGCUCAAAAGGUUCUGGUACCUAGUGGUGCGGCUGGUGUGAAAAAGCCCAAAGGGGUUUCAGGAAACGCGGCGGCUAAGUGA